CCACGUUCAGCCGCAACUGCUGCAGUUUCAAACGGCAUUUUCGUGAAACGACAAGCUCAUGGCGGCCAUCCACGACAGACACGAGGAGCCUGUGGCUGCGAUUCCAGCUCCCAUGGCGAUCCAAGGCCCCAAGGGCCAACUGUACAAAAACAAGUCGCGAAAACUCAUGUGCUGCGUUCAGCACCCGUCAGACGAGCCGUUGCUGUUGGGGGAAGUUCUCAAAAAGUGCUCGCGAGGGCCAAAGCUUGUGUCGCGGCGAUAUUGCGUAACCCCCGACUUGUUUUGCUUGCGGUGGGAAAGCACAGGCAAAUUUUCCAAGCUCGCGGACAAGCUCUCGCGCACUCCGUCAACGUUGGACAUUGCGUCGAUCUGUCGGCUGCAGCCAGGGGUGACAACCGCCAAGUUCCACCGGCUCGACGAUAAGAUCGUACAAGACCGCACGCUGUGCUUUUCCAUCAUCUUGGCGUUUGGAAAAACAAUCGAUAUCGUGUGCUCGUCUCCGGCGCAGUACGACCGGUGGUUCCACGGGCUUCGAUCGCUUAUGGAUCGCGUUCGGGCAACACGAACGACCGACCCGGACACGGCGCUGCUGUACCAAAUUUGGAUUCAUGCCGACUUGAACCAGGACGGGAUGCUGAGCCGCAACGAAGUCGAGAGAGCCACGCAUACCCUCAACCACGCGACGAAUGCGAAGACAGCUCUGCGACACCUCUUUGCCGACAUCGACGUGGAUGGCGACGGCGAAAUCGAUUUCACCGAGUUCUGCGCUUUGAUGGAGCACUUGCGUCAUCGUCCUGAGCUAACCGACUUGUUUCAGCCCACGGCGGAAGGCGAGCCGCGCAUGACGGCAUCUACCUUUCAAGCGUUCCUCACUGCCAACGGGCACACUCCGGACGAAGUCACAACGAUUUUACAACUCUUCACCAACGACGACGUGUGCACCCGACAGCAGUUUCGCCGAUACAUCUCAAGUACUACUUGGAACGGUUGGGCCAUUCCCGAGAUGAUGGCGCUACGGAACGACAUGACGUUGCCCAUGAGCCACUACUUUAUCGCAUCGUCCCAUAACACGUACCUCGAAGGCGACCAGUUGCAGAGCAACUCGUCUGUCAACAUGUACAUUUCGGCGCUCCUGCGCAAUUGCCGCUGCGUGGAAAUCGAUUGCUGGGACGGAGACAAUGGCCAGCCCGUGGUCUACCACGGGCACACCCUCACGACGAAGAUCCAAUUUGCCGACGUCAUUCGCGGCAUCCAUCUGCAUGCGUUUGAAGCGUCGCCGUACCCCGUGAUCGUAUCGCUAGAAAAUCACUGCAGCGAGGCGCAACAGAGCAUCAUGGCCGACAUCAUGGUCUCGAUUUUUGGCGACCGGUUGUACACUGCGGACGUAGCUCCUGGCGAUGUCCUACCAUCUCCCCAUGUUCUGCAGCACAAAAUUCUGCUCAAGGGGAAGCAGGGGCUUCCAGAGGAUUUCACAAACGCGGCGGCGGGCGAGUCGGAUUCAGAUAAGGACGACGACGACGACGCUACUUCGUGCCGCAGGAACAGCUCGUCGGCGACGAAAGCGCGGGCCGGAAAAGAGACGAAGAAGCCGUCUGUCCGUCGUUCGUCCAAGAAAUCCAAAGUGUCGGCCAAGCUGGCCAAGCUCUGUUUUUUCAAAGGCGUGCAUUUUCGCGAUUUUGACGCGAGCCGAUCGUGGUCAUGCAAUCAAAUGUCGUCGUUUUCGGAAGGCAAAACAAAGAAACUGGUGGCCGACAACAAACUCGCGUUCCUCGCGUACAAUCGAAAGCACGUCACCAGGGUGUACCCGUCCGGCAUCCGCGUCGACUCGUCCAACUACAGCCCGCUCCUGGGAUGGGGCACCGGGUCCCAGCUCGUGGCGCUCAACUACCAGACCUCCGAUCUCGCGAUGCACGUGAACCACGGCUUGUUUCGUCAGAACGGUCACUGCGGCUACGUGCUCAAACCGCCGUCGAUGCUGUCGCAGUUGGGUUGUUAUGCCCGCGCCAUCCAAUCGAUCACGGUCAAAGUGAUCAGUGGCCAGCAUUUGCCCAAGCCGGAAGGGCAAAAGAAGGGUACGGCUCGUCGGUGGUGUUGUUGUCAUGGAGAUUCCAUUGCCUAAACGAUAUGACGGACACAAUGAUGCAGGCGAGGUCAUCGACCCGUAUGUCGUCCUCGACGUGGCGGGCGACGGUGUGUCAAGUCAGCGGAAAACCCCGACGAUUCCAGACAACGGCCUGAAUCCCACGUGGAAUUUCACCGCGACAUUCGACAUUGGCGUCGAAGCCGCCCUCCACGUGCUUGUCCUGACGGUGAUGGACAAAGACUUGGAUCGCGAUGACUUGAUCGGGUUUGCUGCGCUGCCCGUCACGUGCAUUCGAGCAGGGUAUCGCACCGUGCCAUUGUUUGCCGGGGACGGAACUCGGUCGGGGCCGUACGAAUUUGCUUCACUCUUUUGCCACUUCUCGGUGGAGGUAGCACCCGACGACGACCCCAACGAUGACAACAACGGCAGCGAGGCCGCAGUGUAGAUGCACCAUUCACUAUGUUUUUUUCAUUCGACUUUCCCCGAUGGUUGUGGUGGUGUGUUUUUCCAGUGCUCCCUUUCCAAUCCGCCGUUGUGUGCCUGUUUAAUGGCCUUGCGUUAAGUGUCGUGGCGAGCCGACCUCUGCCACGAACAGAGCUUUUUCGUCUUGUGCACGUCUAAAUUCAAGAAAAUGUCGACCUUCCAGGACGAUCGGGGCAAGAUCUCGUCGUUGGGAGGCCAAGGCCGAGCCUACGUGCCGCUGGGAAAUCGG